CACUUCACAACACCUGCAAUGUCCGAUAUUCCUUACAAUACACCUGAACAUCAUGUCCGACCGAUAAUAAUGCAGUCCUUAAUACUAACUAUAAUUCUACUUAUCUCUUCGUCUUUUUCUGAUUUCCUAUUAAAUCCCAGUUUAGAACUAAAUGGGAGCGCCAUAGCACAUGGUCCAGAAAAGAAGCCACCAGAAACUAUACCGGACACCUCAGAUAAACUUUGUUCAAAACCAACUGCAGUAUAUAAAUCUGAUGGACCCAUUAAUAUCUAUCUUAAUGGUGGACUCAUCCAAAACGAAAAGGGAGGUUUACUAAACUUUACAACUGAUCAGAAGACAUGCAACUGUCCCCCUGGGCCUCCCGGCCCUAGGGGUGAGAGAGGACCCCAGGGUCCUAGAGGAAAUCCAGGAUCUCCCGGCGGCUCAACCAAUGCAACACGAGAGGGGGGGGACAAAUUCGUGGCCUUCUCUGUGGUAAUGGAAGCAAGACCUUUCGGUCCAUACAGCUAUUACAAGAUAAUACAGUUUGACAAUGUGAUCAGUAACGUGGGGUCGGGGUAUGACGAGGAGAAGGGAGUGUUUACGGCGCCGAUCCCAGGAUACUAUCAGUUCAACGUCCACGCCCAUACCAUUGUACACAAACAGGCGGAAAUCAGAGUUAUGUUCAACAGCGAAAGAGUGGUCUCUGUAUGGGCUGACGGCAGGAUUGGAGAAGGGGAGAAAAAAGGCGACCAAAACCCCCCCAUGAGUCCCUUCAUGCCAGCAACCAAUCAGAAACCCUCCCCACAACAAGUACACGAAAUGGGAUCUUCCAACAGCUUCAUCAUCAGGGUUAACCGGGGUCAAAAGGUCUACUGUCUCCUACCAGCCAAUCAAGUGCUUGCUGGACUGGGAUUUUCUUCAUUUUCCGGACAUUUACUAAGCGUGGCAAAUGACUGACGCUAAAGUACAUGUAUUGUACAUAGGAAUAAGGUGGAAUCAAAGAAAA